AUGUCGCUCGCUGAACCUGGAGAGCCUUUUGAACCUUUUGUUACUGCAAGUUCCCGCCCUGCACUUGGGUAUUAUGUCUCCGCCUCUGGAUCAGAAGAAGAGGAAGGAACAGAAUAUGUCUCGACUCCAAGAUAUCCACCAUAUGAUCGUCAGGAUAAUCUAACUCGUCAAUAUAUGGAAGAAAGACAAAACUUCCCCCGUCAAUUACCACCAAUUCAAUUAUCUCCUCGCAGUCCAUCCACUUCAUCUAUUUCAGCUGCUACUAUUUCUUCUUCACCUUCUCCUACUCAACAAAUAACUGGUGUUCCUUUUCGACUUUACUCAUCCCCAAAUUCUCCAAGAGAUUUUAUCUCUUUGCAAUCCAGUAGAGAAUCAGCCAUAUCAUUACCUUCAAUAUCCGAUUCGCCCUUUAUACCAGAUAGUUAUACCACAAAUCAAUCUGUCUCUUCAAUGCUGCGAUAUCCUCCGAUGAAUCAUAGUUCAAAUCAUCUCAGUUAUCCUCCAACUCAAAAUAAUCCAUCUUCCGUAUCUAACUUCUCAUCAUCAUCAACCACAGCAGCAGGAUCAUCUUCAACGACAUCUAACAAUAGUAAUAAUACUAACGAACAACCAAAACAAAGUCCGUUAAGAUUUGGCUAUCCCGAUUCACAAGAGGAUGACGACGAAGAAGAAUUAUUAUUAUCAUCAUCUACGACCCCAUAUGAUAUGUCAUCGAGGAAACGAGUGAGAACAAGGUCAAACGACUGGGCUAAUAAUGGCACGAGUAAUAGGAAUUCAUCGCAGAUUUAUCAUCAAUUACAUCAUCCGUUACAAUUUGGUAGUUUUGCUCCUGUCUCUCGUGAUCUCCAUCAUAGUAAUAAUGGCAAUAGGAGUUCAUCAUCCAUUGUUUCUUCUCAAUCAUCAACUCAGAUACCUCCACCUGUUCCCCCUCAAGUUGGGUUGCAUCCUUCUAGCCUACAAAGACCACCAGUGCGGCAGUAUAUAGAUCUCACAUCACCAGAAUCUUCACCGACUGUGCCUUCAUUCAAUUCUAGUUAUUCAUCAACAUCACGUAAUACAAGUUUUGUACCAUCUUUUCCAUUGGGAACAACUCCAUCACAAUUAAGUACAGGAUCAAAUCCAACAUCAACUACGACAAAUACAUCAAAUAAUAUGUCCACAUCCUCAGGAUCCGCAUCUUCAUUUCCACUUCCUCCUUUGCAACGCAUGCCUCCUCGUUCUUCGGCUCCUUUCACUGCCUUUAGAACACGAUAUACAAGUAGUUUUACUCAAACCAGUGCAGAAUCAGGGCGUGAAUUUUCUUAUGGAGGAUCUGAAACACAACAACAGCAAGAACGUAAUCAAACUACUGGUCAUGUUCCUCGAUUGCGAUCUACUCCAAGAUGGACGCCAAGGAGCAAUGAACUGUCAAGAGCUGAUCGAGAAACUCUGAUGCGAGCAAUGAAUGCCACUGUUCAAAGACGUUUGAAUCGUACUUCAAGUAAUGGCAAUAAUAAUCACCAAUCUUCGUAUGGUAUCAAUUCACUGCAAGAUAGUGCUCUUCGAGGCUUUUUAAGUGAUGAAGAACACGAUGUUCCAAUUGAAGUGCCUGAUAGCCCUGAGCGCGAAAUCAAUAAUAAUCUCUCAGAUUCACAAUGGGGACGACCUAUGAGGCGAAUAACGCAAGAAUUUACGCGUGAACGACAUUCUUCAAAUUUCAUUAGAUCCCAAGCAAUAGCUGCUGCAGCUGCAGCUGUCAAUGAAACAACGGCAGAGGGUACAACUACAACCUCUUCAAGAUCUCAUCAUUCUGGUGACCGUGGUUCAUUUACAGAUGCUGAAUUAGCACGAAGGAUGCAAGCUCAAGAGUAUAGUGUAAUGCAGAGUCAAAGUAUUCUUGAUAACAUGAAUUCAUUGGCGAGAAUAAUUGGGGAGAAUGGACCUGGUCCUAGGCCUUCAGUAUCUUCUCGGCAUUCAUCAAGACGAGAAUCAAGCUCGACUACAUCUUCACCUGCACGCAGCAAUUCUGCUACGCGAGAACGAAGUUUUCGUUUCCAAUCCAGGCUUGCUGAAUUAUUUACUCAUGAUCACCGUCAUCACGAAGAACGAUCAAAUGAAAGAAAGGAUCUAUUGGAUAUGCUUCCGGAUGUUAUUGGAAAUGGGAUUAUGUCAAAUCCUGACAAUUAUUUGGAUGACGAUGAUUUCGAUCCGAGCUACGAAAAUCUGAUUCGACUAUGUGAACGAAAUGGGGAUGUAAAACCUAAAUGUGCACCAGAAGAUGCUAUAAAUAAUCUGCCCACAAAACUAUACGCGGGUGGCAAAGGCAAAACUUAUGAAGAAAGAUGUUCUAUAUGUUUGACCGAAUACGAGGAAAAUGAAAAGCUAAUGAGCUUGCCUUGCUCGCACGACUUCCAUCAUGAAUGUGUGGUCAAUUGGCUAAAAAAGCACUCGUCAAACUGUCCAAUUUGCCGACAACAAAUCACAAAAGCAGAAGAUUAA